AUGCAGCACAGAUUACCCCACGUUGGCCGAGCUCUUUUUAGGGCGGGGCCCACCUCUGGAGCUUUCAAUUCCUCCUUCUGUUCUCCCUUACGCAUCGCGACGCCGUUAUUAUCGUCGACUCACACCUCAGCUUCUCUUCGCCCAUCUUCGCGUUCGCCCUUGCAACAGGUCGACACUAGAGCGUUCACCAAAAGCUCCUUCUUUACAAGUAAUUGGUACAAGAGAAUGACUGGCCAGGAGAACCCCCAGACCACGCAGGAGGUCAAGAAGUACCUCCAGCAAAGCCAUGACCGCAUUUUUGAAAACAACAAGAAGUGGGCCGAAGAGAUGCAGAAGAAGAAGCCCGAGUUCUUCAAGGACUUGAGUGCGGGUCAGGCUCCGGACUACCUAUGGAUUGGCUGCUCUGACUCCCGCAUCCCCGCCGAAGCCCUCACGGGCGUCGACCCAGGCGAGAUGUUCAUCCACCGCAACAUUGCCAACCUCGUCAACAACAUCGACUUGAACGUCAUGUCCGUCGUUAACUACGCCGUCCGCCACCUCAAAGUCAAGCACAUUGUCGUCUGCGGCCACUACGGCUGCGGUGGUGUCAAGGCCGCAAUGACGCCCCAAGACAUGGGUCUCCUGAACCCGUGGCUACGAAACAUUCGCGACGUGUACCGCCUACACCAGAGCGAGCUCGAUGGCAUUGCAGAUGCGGAUGAGAAGUACGACAAGCUAGUCGAGCUAAACGUCAUAGAGCAGUGCAGGAACGUGAUCAAGACAGCGGCGGUACAGCUUUCGUACGCUGAGAACGAGUUUCCAAUUGUGCACGGUUGGGUGUUUGGCUUCAAGGAUGGGCUGCUAAAGGAUCUUAAGUUCGACCACGAGGGCGAGCUGAGGGAGAUCCAGAAGAUCUACAACUUGAAAGACCUGGCUUGA